CGCCGCCGCCGCCGUCGCCGUCGCCGCCGCGGAGCCGCGGAGAGGAGGAGGAGGAGGAGUGGGGGGAGGAGAGGAGAGCGCGAGCGAGACGCGGUGCGGGAUGGGGCAGCAGUCGCUGAUCUACAGCUUCGUGGCUCGGGGCACGGUGAUAGUGGCCGAGUACACCGAGUUCACCGGCAACUUCACCACCGUCGCCUUCCAGUGCCUCCAGAAGCUCCCCGCCACCAACAACAAGUUCACCUACAGCUGCGACGGCCACACCUUCAACUUCCUCGUCGACGACGGCUUCACAUACUGUGUGGUGGCUGUUGAAUCCGUCGGUCGGCAACUUCCAAUUGCUUUCCUUGAGCGAGUCAAGGAUGAUUUUACGAAGAGAUACGGCGGUGGAAAAGCUGCAACUGCAGUUGCCAAAAGCCUAAACAGGGAAUUUGGGCCCAAAUUGAAGGAGCAGAUGCAGUACUGUGUGGAUCAUCCAGAGGAGAUCAGCAAGCUUGCUAAAGUGAAAGCCCAGGUUUCAGAAGUAAAAGGAGUUAUGAUGGAAAAUAUCGAGAAAGUUCUUGAUCGUGGAGAGAAAAUCGAGCUUCUGGUCGACAAAACUGAGAACCUCCGAUCUCAGGCACAAGAUUUCAGGCAACAGGGAACUCAGAUCAGAAGGAAGAUGUGGCUGCAGAACAUGAAGAUCAAGCUGAUCGUAUUCGGCAUUUUGAUCGCUUUGAUUCUCAUCAUCGUCUUAUCUAUUUGUGGCAGCCACAAUUGUAAAUAAAUUUUGGUGCUUUGAAGAGAUUAUAUAGUUUCCAAGUCUCACACAGUAUGGACGCGCGUUCUAUUUGACAGUAUUUAAUCGCUGUGUAUAGUCUUGUACUCUGAACGUCUGUUCUAGCGAGUCUCAAGUGUGCUUUAACUUUCUGGUUCUUGAGAUGUCUAUUGGAGUCUUAUUUUGGUAGAA